AUGGAAAUGGCCACUUGUUUCUCUUCCACUUCCUCAUCGUCCUCGUCCGGCCUUGCCACCAAAUUGGGAAGCGGAUGUGAUCAUAUCCCUCAUCAUGCCCAAACCCAAAUCAACGGCUAUGGUUCCUUCUUGGGGUGCCGUCGGAGGAGCAGAGUAAGAGCAGUAGUGGUCGCAGGUGGCUCAGCCUCAUCUUCUACCAAGAAGACUGCUGUCAAUGGCUAUGUGGGUCCAGGCAGCUCCGCUGACAGAUUAAUCUCCACUUGGAGCGAUUCUUGUUUGGUGGUACCUCCACCCACUGGCAAGAAGCCUCGCGCCAUCAUCAAAUUCUUGGGUGGUGCCUUCAUUGGAGCUGUUCCUGAACUUACUUACAGCUACUUAACUGAGCUAUUGGCAAAAGAUGGGUUUCUUGUUAUAUCAGUGCCAUACAAUGUGACCUUUGAUCAUGUCCAAGCUGCUGCACAAGUGUAUGAGAGGUUCAAUGCCUGCUUGGACACCAUCUUAGCUUCUGGAUUGCCCAAUGCCAAUCUAUCACCUGCCCAACUUGCUCAACUUCCUGUGUUUUCUGUUGGCCAUAGUAAUGGCGCGCUUCUUCAAGUACUUGCAGGGAGCUAUUUCUCUGAUAAAGUCCCAAAGGCCAAUGCCAUAAUCGCAUACAACAAUAGACCAGCGACAGAGGCUGUGCCUUACUUUGAGCAGCUAGGUCCUUUAGUUAAUCAGAUGGUGCCUAUUGUAGAAGCAUCUCCGGUUUCAUCAAUGGCUAGGACUGCCUCAGGAGAUGCAUGGAAGGCACUGGUUGAUGCAGCUGGAGCAAUGCUACCGGACAAUCAGGAAACUCUAAGUUCGCUGACUAAAUUUGUUGAUCAGCUACCUUCAGUGCUAAAUGAGGUAACGCAAGGGAUAUCGGAAUUUAAGCCAACACCCUCUGAAAAUCGUGUUUUCUUUAAAAGCUCGUACAAUGUCAAACACACACUACUGGUGAAGUUCAAUUUCGAUGCAAUUGAUGAGACAGAUACUCUUGAAGAGACAUUGAAGCCUCGUGUGGAAUCUAUUGGCGGGACACUAGAAAAGGUCGAAAUAAGUGGUAACCAUAUCACACCAUGCAUACAGGAGCCAAAGUGGCAAGUAGGGAACGUGUACACGCCAGCUGAUGCUAUUGCUCAGAGUCUCAAGACUCUUUCUCUAAAUGACGUUAGAGUCCUAUCAAGAACUAUAAGCGACUGGUUCAGAGGCUUUGAAGAUUGA